AUGGCAUCUGCUGCCAGAAAUGCCGCUCUAUCUAAAAUUCCACCGGCGGAUUUGCAGUCCUUCUCGGAAUAUUUGAAGAGCUGCCGGCGUAUCAUGGCCUUGCUCGGUGCUGGCCUAUCCGCAUCUUCAGGCCUUCCUACAUUUCGUGGGGCAGGUGGCCUCUGGAGGUCCUUUGAUGCGACCUCCUUAGCGACCCCUGAAGCUUUCCAACGUGAUCCAGGUCUAGUAUGGCAAUUUUACAGCUAUCGUCGGCACAUGUCUCUUCACGCCGAACCUAAUAAGGCACACUACGCCCUUGCCGAAUUAUCGCGGAAGAACAAUGAUUUCCUUACGCUUUCACAGAAUGUUGACGAGAAUGAUUUCACAGAUCCUAUUGUCCCAGCGCUGGAAAUUCCGUUGAAAGAAUCCGCUCUGCAGAAAGCCUUUGGGCAUAAUAAACCUUCAAAGGAAGAUGAGCUCGAUAUUUCCGACGAAGCGAAUCCGAUUCCAGAGCUGACCCCGGCAGAACUUCCCCAUUGCCCUAAGUGCGAUGGUCUUCUAAGGCCUGGAGUUGUAUGGUUCGGAGAAAAUCUUCCUUCUGAUACCCUUAAUGCCGUCGACAGGUGGAUCGAGGAGGCUCCAAUCGAUCUGAUUCUGGUCAUCGGUACAAGCUCACGAGUCUGGCCUGCGGCAGGUUAUGUUGAUACGGCUCGCAAACAUGGGGCUCGCGUGGCCGUGAUCAAUAUGGAUGCUGGGGAUAUCCCGGGAGUGAACGGACUAGCAGAGGAUGACUGGUUUUUUCAAGGUGAUGCUAGUGUCAUUGUUCCUGAGAUUCUAAAAAGUGUUAUUGGGGAAAUUUAG